GUAGAUCCAGCAUUGUUUAUAACCUAAACACUAUCUGAGGUGCCUAGUUUGAAAGUCUUGCCAUAAAUUUAACGACUACUGUUUUAUGGAUUGUUCACAUUUCUGCGGCGCAACAGUUGGAAGAAAAGACCCCGAAACACAUGCUUCAAAAUGAAGGAGAUGUACUUACAGUAUAAUUUACACUCUUCAACACACAUUCUUAGUACACCCUUACUUAUGAACGUACUGGUACAUUAUACUGACCCUUCUAUUUGAAUUCCACGUGCAAUCUGAGUUCCAAAAUAAACAACCCAAAGCUUUAUAGCAUCCCUGACACUUGCGCACUGGCAACGCGAGCGUGUCCAGAAAAUCGAUAUUUCAAACCCAGCUGUACCUUGGCGCACAACAACACAGUGUUGUUUUGUGUAGUGCCCGCGGUAGAACGCGGUAUCGACGCCAUAAAGGAAUGGCCGAAACCAUGGCCACCAGCACGGACGACACGAACGUGGAGUCGACGAGGACCCAGUGCGACUGUUCCCAGCAGCAGCUGAUCGAAGCCCGUGCCCAGCUGACGGCGCUCGAGCAGAGCAAUGAAACGCUGCAGAAAAAGCUGGACGGGUACCGGAAGGACAACGAGAAUCUGGUCAUCAAGUACGCGUUCGUGGAGAAGAAGGUGCUCGAUCUGAAGGCGCUGGUCGGCGACAAGGACUCGCAGCUCAAGCGGCACGAGCAGGAGGUGGCCAGCCUGCAGAAACAGAUCGGCACGCUGAAGGCGGACAAGGCGAAGCUGCAGAAGAACAUUGAGUCGAAGCAACGCGACGUGGAGCGGCUCGGCAAAGAGCUGGAGGGUAGCCGCCAUUACGCGGCCCAGAUCGAGAUGCGCUACAAGUACGGCAGCUGCCGGUUGCGCCGCGAGGCGGAGGAUCGAAUGAAACUUGAAGCGGAAGUGCUAACGUUGCGUCAACAGUUAUUGCAGCACGUGAUCGCGGAGGAGACGCACCAGGCGAGCGAACAGGUGGCGGAGAUGGAGCGCAAGGUGAUGGAGCUGCAGGCGCGCGAGAUCAUGCUGAAGCACGCGAACGACGAGCAGGCGGGCAGGAUCGGGACGCUCCAGCGGGCCAACCACGAGCUGCGGGACACGAUCGAGCGGCAGGAGAAGAAGCACACCAGCACGCUGCAGACGCUAAAGGAACUCGAAACGGAGCGAGAUCAGCUGCGGCAGCAGAUGGGUCAGCUGCAGGAAAGCUUCCACCAGCAGCAGGCCGCGAUAGCGGAGCUCCAGUCGAAGGUGGAGGCCGCCAGUGUCGCCGCCCAGGAGUCGUCCCGUAUGGAGCGGGCCGUCGCCGAGCAGCGGGCCGAGCUGGAGCAGCUCGCCGGCACGCUGGACGAGCAGCGCAAGGACCUGGAGGUGCUGGCGGCCCGCGAGCUCGAGCUGCUGGCGCUGAACAAAGAUCUCAGCGAGGUGAACUGCCUGCUGCAGCAGGAGAUAGCGACCCAGGAGUCGAAAACGAUCGCGAUCACGCUCGAGUACGGCAAGUUCGUGAGCAUGUGCCAGGAGUACGACGCGCAGAUCGUCAGCCUGGCCAACUCGCUCGCCGCCGAGCGGCAGCACCGGACGGAGGAGCGGCUGCUGAUGGCGAAGCACAUCGCCGACCGGACGCGCAAGCUCGAGCAGGCGGAAAGCUGCCUGCAGCAGACGCUCAACGAGCUCGAGGCGAACCGCAAAAAGUACUUCGCGCUGGUGAAGGACUUUAAGCGCGAGAUGAAAAAUGCCCACUGUGGCGUAGAGUCGAGCAUGAUGGGACAGUAGUAGUAGGUGCAACGGCUUGGUGUACCUUUGCGAUACGGUGUGAGCCGCUUUUAUUUACCGAACGCGAUAACAGACGCUGCGAGAAGAUGCUGCGAGGCAAUAAACGCGGUGCAGCGCGUAAAUUAUGUAUGUGCGUGUGUGUGCCCGAACAGACAGGGCAGAUAAGAUUAAGGCAGAUCGGUUGUUGGUAUCACUUGUAGGCGGGUUUACUUUGCACGGUGUACGGUGUGUGUGCCCCGUUAGCAGUUUGGAAGACUUUAACUUAUAUUAUAUGGUAAUAAUAAUAAAAAAAACAUAAAACCUA